UAGGUUGGUAGCACGAUUCCCAUCUGAAAGGGAUAGGGGCUGAAAAACCCGCCAGCCCCUUCGCCAGCAGCGAGGAAUGCGUGCCAAAUCCAUUAGUUCUGGAUCGGACUCAAAAUCCCCUCCCGGCUCGGCCAAGCUGGCCGGAGGAGAGAAAGAGAGAGGGGGGUUGUGUCUUCUCCAAGGGCCUGAUCCAACCUGCUGCAGUGGGCAGGAGGGGCUGGGUUCGGCUCCAUGCAAACAAGGAUGCUGUGGAAGGGCAGAGCUGGUUCACCAUGCUUUCGCCUCUUUUAGGGGGGACAACGCUAGCUCGUUAUUCAGUACGGAUGCUUCGGUCCCGAGCCCAGGGAGCUGGCCAGGGAACUGCAUUCUUCUGCUGUUGAAAUAAGAUAUUUCAAAUUUGUUUUUUAAAAAAAAUGGGUCUAAAGUGCAUGCGUUUCUAAAGCCGAAAUUGAAACGAAAUGUUCCAGCAGAUUUGAAAGGAAAUUUUAGUUCUCAUUUCCCCUUGUGGGGCGUGUUGAAAUUUUGGGCAUUUUGUUCCACUUCACGCUGAAGUUUUAAACUCCUUAACGGAACAGAAACUUCCAUACUUGGCACAGCUCUUCUAAUUGCCUGCUUAAGCUGAUUAGAGUUAGCUCUCAAGCUUUUACACCCCCAGUUUCUAUGUUCACCGGCUAAUUACAUCUCUCGUAUGAGGAUCUCAAAGCACUUUUAAAUCACUGAUCACCUCUGUGUCCAAAAGAGAGGCAAAGCCAGUGUCCCCCUGCUACAGUACGGGCAGUAGUUCCUCUGCCAGGCACAGAACAGCCCUAAACCUCUCCGAGCUGCGAGCGGAUGUUGAGACACCUCCCCAGCGAUAUUCCAGAGCCGAAGUCCUUUGACAUCACAUUUGGAAAUUGGUCCUAGGAAAGUUCUUUUCAGAUGGAAAUUGCAGCAGGAGUCAGCACUGUUGUUUGAAAGAUUGAACAAUUACAGGGAAAGCUAAUUUACUUUGGAUGUUAAAAACCAGUCUGUACUGAACUGAUGGUGUUUGAGAGGCCUGAUCCUGCAUCAGAGGAGAGGAGAGAUCCCCCCAGCUGCUUCUUCACCCGGCUGCUGGAUGCAAAGGGACCGGUGGGAGCCCUCGGCAGCUCGUCCUGCGAUAUCAGCCCUUUGCUGAAGGAUCCUGCAGCUUUCAGGGCUUUGCUUGAUCUUCUGGAAGAUCAUUUGAGGGCGUCUUUCCCCCAAAUCGACUUUAUCGCAGGCCUGGACUCCCGUGGCUUCCUCAUAGGCCCCUCUCUGGCUCAGAGACUGGGGAUCGGCUUCGUGCUGGUACGGAAAAAGGGGAAGCUUCCCGGUCCGACCGAGUCUGUCUCCUACGACCUUGAGUAUGGCAAGGCUGAACUUGAAAUCCAGAGUGAUGCUGUGGAACCGGGACAAAAAGUAGUUAUUGUAGAUGACUUGCUUGCAACUGGAGGUACCAUGUGUGCAGCCUGUGAGCUGAUGAAGAGGCUGAAGGCUGAAGUCCUGGAGUGCCUGGUGGUCAUAGAGUUAAAAUUCCUGAAAGGGUCGGAAAAGCUCAAAUCCAUCCCUUUCUACUCUCUGCUGCAGUAUGACUGAGGAGGAGGAGGAGGAAGGAAAUGCACGCCCUGAGCUGUGCACAAGUUUGGGGCUUUAUUCAGUGACUCUUGUUGUCACAGGGGGGUGGGCAGGGGGGGGGAAUCUAAAAUUUUGAUCCUGGCCAGAUGCUAUACAAUCGUAAGUCCUAUUUAUUUUCCAAGCCACAGAUUAAGGUGUGUUGAGUGUAAGGAUGCUUUUUGGAGUUCAUCCUUUUGGGAAGAAAGAACAGCCUGAUUGGUUUGGCGGAUGGAGGCCAACAUGCAGCCUCACUGAGUAUUUUUCUUUUAGGAGACCAAAGUGAAAAUACUGCUGCUGAGGCAGGAGAGGUCUGAUAGCUUAGUGGGCCCAGCAUUCCCUUUCGGUUGAGCUGUGCCCAGUCAGCCUCCUAGGAACCCAUUAGAAGUUUGCCAAAGAAACAUGGAAGAUGGGCAAAAAGUGAUUACUCAUCUAAGGGAUAAAUCCCUCUGUAUUUGACCUCAGAGGAUGGUCUGGUUGCUCUCUGCUGUUGCUCAAACCGGAAUAGGUUGCUCUUACAUUAAGGUAGUGCUUGCUAAGGAGAAUUAAGUGCCUGCCCAGCCCUGUAUCCUGAAAUCAGGAGGCAGCCACUGCCAACGCAAUGGAGGUUGCUGGUCUAGAUGAGCUCGAGCACCAUGUCAGCUUGCAGCUUGGCUCGUGGUCUCCUUCCCUUGAGACUGCGAGAAGCCGAAGGUCUCUGUUGUAGGAAGCCGUCUGCCUUCCCUUGCUGCAGGGUAGUUCUUAGCAGCAAACUUUAGAAAACUGGGAGCAAUCUACAUCAGGAGAAGUAGCACACAGCUGGGCGACAGGCAGUGAGGAAGGGGGCCCGUGCACAUGCUCAGGGCUGUUUACCUGCCUUCUCUCCAGCAGCACUAGCACCUACCAAAGCCUGCAGUCCAGCCACAGCUGGCAGCUUUUGUUUAGCACAGAUUCCCCACUUACGUGGGGGAUCCCCUCUGCUGUAUUCUUCUUGGGGCAUCAGGAUGUUGAAAGGACAAUGCCAGUUUGGAGCCCAUUCUUCUUGGUAUGUUUGGUGUCAGAUAAGGCCACAAGAAAGAAAGAAAAGGUGUUAAGGCUUGCAGCCGAGCUCUGGCAGUCUCACUCAGGUUGUGUGAUGGAUGACGUGGGGUUUGGAGAUGCUCCCUAUAGCAUGGUUCAGUUUGGUCACAGGAGUAGCUAAAACCCAGUGUGCCAAAACUUUCACAUGCCUGCAAACAUUAGGGACUGUGUCCCUGGCAUAGCAGGGGCUAAACUCGCUGGUAAAAUAAAUGUUGACUUACUUUUAUUUUUUCUAAA